AGGACAGGGACGCACCACUGCUUGCCUAGUGUGACCUGGGACCCCGCCCGGGAGGAGACCCCAGGGACCAGGUCCAUGUCUCAGCCAUGGCCCCUCUCAAAGCACCGCGCCCCUGCCUGGGCUCCCUACUCCUGCUGUUACUAUGGCUCUGUUCAGCAUCUGGCUUCUUCCCCAACAUCUGGAGCCUGGUGGCCGCCCCCACUUCCAUCACCCACCAGGACCUGACAGAAGAAGCUGCUCUCAACGUUACCUUACAGCUCUUCCUGGAACAGCCACCCCCUGGCAGGAAUCCCCUCCACCUGGAGGACUUCCAGGGGCGGACGCUGCUGGCUGAUGACCUCUUUGCUGCUUACUUUGGGCUUGGGACUCCAACCCGCCGAUUCCGGGCAGCCCUUGGUGAGGUGGCUCGUGCCAAUGCAGCCCAGGACUUCCUCUCAGUGACCAGGAAUGACCCUGAGCUGCAUUUUGAUGCAGAACAGCUGAUUAGGAGUCGGGCCCGCCUUGUGGGGAGCCUUCGGGAAGCUCUCAGUGCUGCCCGUGCCCUGGAAUACACUCUGGCCCGCCAGCGCCUAGGAGCCAUGCUUCAUGCCUUACAGGAUUUCUACAGUCAUAGCAACUGGGUAGAACUGGGAGAGCAGCAGCCCCACCCUGAUCUCCUGUGGCCAGGACGGAAGCUCAAGAACUUGGCACAGGCUGGGGACCCGAUGUGCUCUGACUGUGAAGAACUGAGCUGCCCUGGAAAUUUGCUGGGCUCCCUAUUCCUCACCUCUGGCUAUUUUGGGGCAGAACCCCCCAAACCUCCAGGGAAAUGUAGCCAUGGGGGUCAUUUUGACCGGAGCAGCCAUGACAUCCCCCGAGGGGGCAUCAACAAGGACAGCACAUCUCCAGCUUUCUCACCACACCAUCAUUUGCACCCUCAAGCUGCCCAGCUUGCUCUCCAGGCCUCAAUCCAGGCCCUGAACCUCCUCCGGGGCCGCUUAGGGGAUACUGGAUUUUCCAGGCUCCUGCAAAUCUCCCCAGCCUCAGGACUGAGCUUUGUCCUGGACACUACAGGCAGUAUGGGGGAAGAAAUUAAUGCAGCCAAAAUAGAGGCUCGGAGAAUCAUUGACCAACGUCGUGGUGGCCCCAUGGAGCCUACCCACUACAUUCUUGUGCCGUUCCAUGAUCCUGGAUUUGGACCUGUCCUUAAAACCAGUGACCCUGAUGCUUUCUGGAAACAUCUUAAUGAGAUCCAUGCCCUGGGGGGUGGAGAUGAGCCUGAGAUGUGUCUGUCAGCCCUGGAGCUGGCCCUGCUCCACACACCCCAUUUCUCAGAUAUCUUUGUCUUCACUGACGCCUCCCCCAAAGAUGCCCAUCUCACCAAUCGUGUAGAGGCCCUGAGCCAGAAGCAGCACUGCAAGGUGACGUUCUUGGUGACAGAGGACCCAUCAAGGCGGGUUCGAAGAGAUGUUCUUUCCCCAAAGCGGUUUGAACCAUACCAGGCAAUAGCCAUGGCUUCUGGAGGAGAAGUCAUUUUUACCAAGGACCAGUAUAUUCAGAAUGUGGCGAGUGUGGUGGGGGAGAGCAUGAUGGAUAUGGUGACCCUAGCCCUGGUGCCUCCUGUCCCACCCCCUAAGGGGCCUCUCAUGUUCCAUGUGGACAAGAUGCUUCAUGGGGUCAUCAUCCAUCUCCACGGAGAGAUAAGCACCUUCAGGAUCUCAGACCCUACAGGUAUUUCUCAGGAUAUCAAUCAGGAUUGGGGGCCUCUGGGUCAUAUUCAAUGCUUUGGUCAGUUCUGGACAGUGAACCUAAAUGACCCCCUUCAGGUUGGGGCCUGGGUGAUAGAGAUCACAGCGCAGGGGACACCUGGAGUAAGAGUGAAAGCUAAGACUUCCUUGGAUUUCCUCUUCUCUUUUGGGACUCCCAUUGAGAAUGGACCCCAUCCUGGCCUUUAUCCCCUGAGCCAACCAGUUGCAGGUCUCCACACUCUGCUAUUAGUUGAAGUGAUGGGACUGGUUUCUGGCAUCCCCAACAUGAAUCACUCUCAUGUUAUCCUUCGGGGAAGCCUAGAGGGUGAAGAGUUGGGUCAUGUGGCCCUAAAACCAACUGAGGCCCCUGAACGGGGACUUUUCACUGCCCUCCUGGACCCCAAGAUCCUUCUCACCCAAAGGCCUUUCUUCCUGGAGUUGUUUAGUCAGGAUGACAGGGGAUCCAUUCUUCAGAGAGUAGCCUCUCAACCUUGCACUGUGGUUCCCGUCCUUCUUGAGCUCAGUGGUCCUUCUGGCCCUCUUAGCCCUGGCCACCAGGCUCUGCUCAGCCUCCAAAUCUCUAGCUUCUCAGGACCUUGGGAUCUCAUCAUUACAGCUUCCGUCAGCCCCAGCUUCCCCCUCACCUCCAACCUCUCAAGAGUUCACCUGGGGCAGAAUGAGUCAGUCUGGGGGCACUUCCGACUACAGGUUCCAGGCUCAGCCACACUGGACUCAUUAGUGACAGUGACAGUGACAGCAGAAGCCAAGUCCAGCGACCCUCCUCCCCCUGCACAUGCUCUCCUCCAGCUCUUGGUGCAGGCUUUCCCCUCACAGGAACAGCUGGAUGACCCUGGCCCCUCCUCAAGGCCAAGUAACAAUAUAGCUAGGCCAGACUUACACACCUCCACUCUGGGGCCCCAAAGGAGUGGGGCUGGGGGUACCAUGGGAGCUGGCCCUUGGUGGGGGCCAGUGAGGGGGUUGUUGCUGGUGCUUGGCAUAGCAGCCUGGUGAUGCCUUCCUGCCCACAUCCCCAAAUAUGAUUCUGGGUGGGGAAGGGAGGCUCUGUAUGAACCUGCCCAGAUCCUGUUAGUAACGAGGGGGCCCUGACUCUCCCUCUCCUCUACUAAUCCAGAGAUUGGGGUUUCUCCUUCAAAUCAUGGCAUUCAUUUUGCUUCCUUUCAGGAGAAAGAGUUGGAGUGGGAGGAGGUCAAGGGAGAGAAAGAUUUUCUCCAUAAUGCACUAUUUUGCCCUCUCCCCUACAACUUUUUUUUGGGGAAUUAUAUCAAAGACUUAUUUUUUAGAGAAAAUUACUUUAGUUUUAUUACUUUAGAGUGGCCCUCCGCCCCCACCCCCUUCUCUCUAGUCCAGGGACCGUUGGUUAUGGAAGUUUUAAUUUGGGGCCUGUGAAUUGGUUUCUGUUUUAUUUUUGUAGGGAAAGAUGACAGGAUAUUGAUAUUCAUAAAACUCAAAUAAAUUCUCAAUAAUU